CUAGGAAAUAUCCAUCAACCCCUCUGAACAACAGAAUUAAGCUUGCAGUUGCAGAUUUGCAGAUCUGCUGCUUCUUCUAAUUUGCUAGGCCUAAUUUUGGUACUAGUGUCCAACGUUCUUCGAUUCCUUUUGCUAAACCUGCAGCAGGGUCUUCUUCAAUGGAGCUUCUGGUAGAGCCUAUCAUGGAGCUGGUAAAGUGUUUGGGCAGGUCAACUUGCACCUGUCUAGAUUAUCACUUAAAUUUUGAUGAAGCUAUGAGUGAUCUGGGAAAAGAAUGGAGAGUUCUAAACCGUCGAAAAGAGGCUAUAUAUUCAAUAGUAAGGAAUGAGGUUCUUUGGGGGAAAGAAGUAAAACAUGAAGUGCAAGGUUGGCUUGAACGUGUAGAAGAAAUCAAUAAUGAAGUGCAAGCCAUUCAAGAUAAGAUUCGGAGAGUAAAGUGGUACUCACGGGAUUGUCUUGGAAAACUUGUUUGCAAGAAAAUUGAGGUGGUGAAAAAAAUCCAUGAACAAGGUUGUUUUCCUGAUGGUCUCAUGGGUGAUAGACCUCCGACCCAUGGAAUCAUCAUGUCAAAUGAUAAUCUAGUGGGUGAAGAUUCUGUAGAAGAAAAAAUUUGGGGAUACUUGGUGGGCAAUGAAGUUAGAAAGAUUGGAGUUUGUGGGAUUGGUGGGGUUGGAAAGACUACUAUUAUGAAGCAUAUUAAUGAUGAACUGGUGAGGGAGGCUAAGUUUGAUAAAGUGAUUUGGGUCACUAUAUCUUACCCACUCGAUGUAAUUAAAUUACAAGAUAAUAUUGCUCAUGCUAUUGCUGGGGAUGAUAGACAGAGACUCCUUGGAGGUGAGGAUAAAGGGAGACGAGCAGCUGAAUUAAAGAGGGUUAUGGGAAGAGUAAGGCAUGUGCUUAUCCUAGAUGAUGUCUGGGAAGUGUUUUCUUUGAUUGACGUGGGAAUUCCAGAACCAACAAUUCAGAAUGGAAGCAAAAUAGUCAUCACUAGUAGAUCCAUUGAUGUGUGCCAAAAAAUGCUCUGUGAGAUAGUCAAAGUGGAACCUCUUUUAUUUCAAGAGUCUCUCAACUUAUUCUUAGAUAAAGUUGGGCAUCAUGUUCUGCAAGUACCAAAUUUAGAAGGAAUCUUGAAGCUCAUUGUGGAGGAGUGUGGUGGCUUACCAUUAGCCAUUGUUGUGAUUGCAGAGAGUAUGAGGGGAGAAGAUGAUGUUGAAGUGUGGAAGAAUGCCUUAAAUGAAUUACAAGAACGGGUAAAGAGUGUGACUGGUUUAGAUCAAAAGAUGUUUGAGAGGUUAAGGUUCAGUUAUGAUCGUUUGAAUAAUUCUGAGAUCCAAAAUUGUUUUCUUUAUUGCUCCUUGUUUCCUGAAGAUUAUUCAUUUGAGAGAGAAGGGUUGAUAGAAGGGUGGAUUGAUGAAGGACUAAUUGAUGGGUUGGCUAGAAGAAAAACAACUUAUGAGAGGGGUCAUGCUUAUUUAAAUAGGCUAGUGAAGAAUUGUUUGUUAGAGAAAACUGUUGAUUGGGGUGGUAUUAAUGAUUUUAAGAUGCAUGAUGUACUGAGAGACAUGGCUAUCAAAAGCAUUGGUCUUGAAUUUGGAUAUAUGGUAAAAGCUGGUAUGAAACUAACAGAGGUACCAGAUGAGCAUGGGUGGGGAAAUGAUCUUAAGAAGGUGUCUCUAAUGAAGAAUAACAUAUCAAAAAUUCCCCUUGGGUUGUGCCCAAAGUGUCCAACUCUUUCAACUUUGAUAUUGUCAAAUAAUCCUAAUUUGUCCGAGAUCCCAAAAUCCUUCUUUGAAGGUAUGCCUGAACUGAAGGUUCUUGAUCUUUCUGAAACUGGCAUUGAAGCUUUACCUAAUUCCAUCUCAAACUUGGAGAAGCUCUCUUCCAUGAGGUUAAGGUGGUGUUUGAGGUUAAGAUAUAUACCUUCUUUAGCAAAGCUUAUAGCAUUAAAGAAAUUAGAUCUAAAUAAUUCCGAGAUUGAGGUGGUCCCUCAAGGCUUGGAGAAAUUGAUUAGUCUGGAAUAUCUUGAUUUAAGGAAUUGUUACUAUCUAAAAGAGAUUCCAAUCGGAAUGUUAUCAAACCUUUCCAAUCUCCAAUACUUGUUACUUGAUAGAGAAUGGAAGAUAAAAGUAGAAAAGGUUGCGAGAUUAAGCAAGUUGGAGACCUUUGAAGGUAUAUUCCAUGACAUACAAGACUACAAUUAUUUUGUCAAGUCUCAAGAUUUCCAAAUUCUUACUGAUUACCAUAUUGAAGUAGUAAAAAGAUUCACAGCAUUGUCGGCUACUCGAAGGGAAUCUACGGUUAGUAUUAAUUAUUGUGACUUAGGAGAAGAAUGUAUGGUGCUUCUAGAUAACCUUCAGAGGCUGAAGAUAGUGCAGUGUAGAAACAUGCGGAGUGGCUUCAAUAAAGCAGCUUUGUUAGAAAAGGCAACCGAGUUGAGUAUUUGUAAUUUUCAGUCUUGUGAAGAUAUGGAGUGCGUCAUUGACUUGGACUCAUCCUCCUGUCCAGUACUAGAUAAGCUUGAAGAGCUGCAUCUUCAGAAAUUGCCUAAAUUGAGUGUUCUUGUGAGAGUGGAAGGAGUAGCAACACCACCGCACGUCUUUUCCAAUCUUAAAAAGCUUCAUAUUUGGAAUUGUUCAGGAAUGAGGAAGUUGCUUCCACUUGAGCUGCUACAGGCCUUCCAAAACUUAGAGGAGAUUGAUGUUUAUAGGUGCGAACAAAUGGAGGAGAUAAUAGCAUCAUUAGAUUCAGAUGCAUCAUCGGAUAAAUUCACUUUUCCCAGGUUAAGGACAUUGUGGUUGGCUAAUUUACCCCAAUUGAAGAGCAUCUGUAGUGCCAAAGGAGUUAUGGUUUGUGAUUCAAUUGAAGAAAUUAAAAUAUGGAAAUGUCGGGAGGUAAACAGGAUCCCAGUGCAGCUUCCCCUGCUUGAUAAUGGCCAACCAUCUCCUCCUCCUCGUCUCAGAGAAAUCGAGAUAGAUAAAGAAUGGUGGGAAUCAGUGGAGUGGGAUCAUAAGAACCUACUUCAACCUUUCUUGAAAUAUUGGUCGGUUUGAGGGGUAAGGUGUUGAUUGAUUAAGUAUUCAAUUUCUAAUUUUAAGAAUGUUGAUUUUAUUUAUUUAUUUUAUUUAUUUUCCAAUUCCUCUUCUAUCAUUUGCAAUCCAGAGUACGGAAACAAAUUUUGAUGAAUUGAGUGAAUAAACGAUCAUGAUCUAG